AUGUCGCUGGUGUUUACAUUACAAUCGCUGUCCUAUGUAGUGUUCAGGGAGUCUGUUGCCUUUGUGAAGCUGAGGAAAGUCUUUAAGCCUGAGGAGUUGCGCCAGGCUCUGAUGCCGACUCUGGAGUCUCUCUACAGGCAGGACCCCGAGUCGCUGCCCUUCAGACAGCCAGUGGACCCCAUGCUCCUGGGAAUCCCUGACUACUUUGACAUAGUGAAGAACCCUAUAGAUCUGUCCACGAUAAAGCGAAAGCUCGACACGGGCCAAUACCAGGAGCCGUGGCAAUACGUUGAUGACGUCUGGAUCAUGUUCAACAACGCCUGGAUCUACAACCGCAAGACGUCCCGCGUCUACAAGUACUGCUCCAAACUGGCCGAGGUGUUCGAGUCCGAGAUCGACCCCGUCAUGCAGCUCCUGGGCUACUGCUGCGGGAGGAAGUACGAGUUCUCCCCUCAAACCCUCUGUUGCUAUGGCAAGCAGCUCUGCACCAUCCCUACUGGAGGAACAUACUACAGUUACCAGAACAGGUAUCAUUUCUGUGAGAAGUGCUUCACUGAGAUCCAGGGGGAGAGUGUGACGCUAGGGGACGAUCCCGCACAGCCACAGACGAGAAUAUCAAAAGACCAGUUUGAACGAAAGAAGAACGAUGUUCUCGACUCUGAACCGUUUGUUGAAUGUAAAGAUUGUGGACGGAAGAUGCACCAGAUAUGCGUCUUACACUACGACACCAUUUGGCCAUCUGGAUUCAUCUGUGACAAUUGUUUAAAGAAGAGUGCAAAAACACGGAAGGACAACAAGUUUUCUGCAAAACGGCUGCAGUCCACACGGUUGGGAAUGUACAUAGAGGACCGUGUGAAUAAAUACUUGAAGAGACAGAACCACCCGGAGGCCGGAGAGGUGUUUGUGCGGGUGGUGGCGAGCUCCGACAAAAUAACGGAAGUAAAACAGGGCAUGAAAACCAGGUGAGAGCACCACGGAUAAGAACACAGAAGAACUGGGUGUAUAUUAUGUAGGCUUUGUUACUGAACCCUUAGGAGUCGACCGCCACGCCGGCAUGAUCAGAUCAUGUGACCUGUUCAAGCCGGCACCGCAUACAAACAACAGUUGGGCCAACAUCGGCUGCU